AUGGCAUCACCGGGCCAGUCACAAGUAGCGCCCUCAACUCAGCCUCUGACACCACCCGCCGAGCCCUCGACCAAUAACGCCACAUCAAGCACAACCUCCGCCCCUUCACAACAACCCGCAACCACAGGCACAAACACAAACGCACAGCCAUCCCGCACAGGCACAACACCGGCCUCUCAACCCGUCACAGUCCCCACAACCUCGCUCAAGGACUCGGGGAAAUCCCGACGCCCGCGCGAUGUCCGCUUAAUCCACAUGCUCCUCACGUCCCUUGGGGUAACUGCGUACCAAGACCGUGUCCCGCUGCAACUCCUCGAUUUCGCAUACCGAUACACCUCGGGAGUAUUACAAGAUGCUGUGCACCUCACGACGGAAGGGUAUGCAGGGGCGGGGCCUGAGGCGGCGAAUGCGGCGGGGAAUCGCGCGCCGCUCGAGGUGAAUAGCGUGACGUUGCCGGCGUUGAGGCUGAGUAUUGCCUCGCGACUGCAUUACCAGUUUCAGACGGGGCUGCCGAAGGAGUUUCUGAUGGAUGUCGCCGCGGAAAGGAAUCGGGUCGCAUUGCCCGGGGCUACGAGAGGGUUUGAGGCGGCUCCUGGGACAGGGAAACCUGCUGCGUCGAGUAGUGUGCUUAUGGCGGGGAUGAGGUUGCCGCCGGAGAGGUUUUGCUUGACGGGGACUGGCUGGAAGAUGAGUGAUGAGUGGGAGAGUGAGGGAGAGGAGGAGGUUGUGCUUGAAGAGGAGCGCGAUGAGGGUGUGAUGGCGGCAAAGGAAGAGAGGGAAGGGGAGGGAGAAGAAGACGAGGACGAGGAUGGGAAGAUGGAGGAUAUAUUCGGAGAAGAUGCUGCGAUGGGCGAUGGGGAGGAUGAUGAUGGGGACAAGGACAUGACGGAUGUCUGA